GCUUGCGGGUUCCUCUACGAACAGGUUCCGGGAUCGAGGAUGAUAAAUAGAUGGAGACAUGCGUGCGGGACGGGAGCUACUCUACGGUAUCUGCCCUGACGAAAGACACAUUUUUUUCCUUUCCCGAAUCAAAGAGGAGUCACACGACAAGAACUAUAAACCAUAUGCCCCUUCUGUUGUUGGCCGCUAACUCAGCUAAGAUCGGCCAUCGCAAAGUCGCAGCUCCAGCUUCAGCUCCAGCUUGACAGCUCGACUGCUACCCCUCGCACUCAAUUGAUUUUAGGUCUCAAGUCCCCAUCCACCUCCGGCCCGCGUAUCUUAGCGAACGGACAGCGGACGAAAGCACGACACCGGACUCCCGCGAUCGUCUCAUCUACCUAACCCCACCAUGGCGCCCCCACCCCCGCCUCCGCCACCACCACCGACCGAGUUCUACAACGGCUUCCGCAGCAAUGUGACAACCGCGGCACCGUCGCCCACAGCAUCGACAUUCAAUCUCAACCUUGGCAUUAGUCUCAAUGUCGAGCCGGUGGAUAACCUGCCCGAGAGUCGGGUGUUGAUCAUCAUGACUGGCGGGACCAUCUGCAUGCAGAGGAGCGAGAAUGGUUAUGUUCCGGCGACCGGGUUUUUGGAUAAUGCCCUGAGACCUCGGCCGUCGUUCAAUGAUGGGUCACCGCCGAAACCGGUGCCCGUGGUCAUGGAGGACGGGAAGGUGGAGAUGAUGGAUACUUUGAGAACUCCGCCGUCAAAGUACUCGAGGCGCGUACGGUUCGUCGGGUUGGAGUUUAAUCCAUUGCUUGAUAGCUCCAGCAUCAAUGCCAAGGGCUGGGUCAAGAUUGCGAAGACCAUUGAGCGCAAUUACCAGCUAUUCGAUUCGUUCGUGAUCCUACACGGAACCGAUAGUCUGGCAUACACGAGCUCGGCAUUGAGUUUCAUGAUCAACAACCUCGGAAAGCCGGUGAUCUUGACUGGUUCUCAGGCACCAAUGUCCGAGCUGCACAACGAUGCCACGGACAACCUCCUCGGCAGUCUCAUCAUCGCCGGCCACUACAUGAUCCCCGAGGUGUGUCUGUUCUUCAACCAUAAGCUGUUCCGAGGAAACCGGGCAACCAAGACCAACGCGCACGACUUCGCUGCAUUCUCCUCGCCCAACCACCCGGCGCUGGCAAAGGUCGGGAUUUCGACUACCGUGAACUGGGGUUUCGUUCGACGCCCGUCCAGGAUCUCGCCUUUCAGUGUCCAGACGGACUUUGAAACGAGCCAUGUGGCGUGUCUGCGAGUGUUCCCGGGAAUCCUGCCGCAGAUGGUCCGCGGUGUGCUGCAGCUGCCUGGGCUGAGGGGUUUGAUCCUGGAGACUUUUGGUGCCGGGAAUGCUCCGGAGGAUGCAGAGCUUACCGAUGCGUUGAGGGAUGGGAUUGAGCGGGGUAUCGUCGUCGUGAAUGUCACACAGUGCCAGGUGGGGACCGUCAGUCCUCUCUAUGCAUCCGCAACGGCGCUGGCUAGAGCUGGAGUUGUGUUCGGUCUCGACAUGACCACCGAGGCCGCACUUACAAAACUAUCCUGUCUCCUCGCAAACCCGACCCUCUCAGCACCAGAAAUUAGAAAACUCAUGUCCCGGUCCAUGCGCGGAGAGCUCACGGAGCAAUCGGAGAUCCAUUUCUCACAUCCUAAUGCUGAGCUCCCGCCAGCUUUGUCUUCAUUGAGUGCUUUGGGCUAUGCCAUCCAGGAUCAGAAUCUGGACGACAUCCGUAUCAUCAUCAAGGAGUCAAACCAGUUCUUGCUUAAUCAGUUCGAUUAUUCGGGGAAUACGCCAUUGCACAUUGCCGCGAUCUCGCCAGGUCUAGGAAUCCUCCGCGAAUUCCUGAGCCAAGGAGCCAGUGUCCAUCUUAGGAAUCGCGACGGACGAACCCCGCUGUUCCUUGCUGCGGACGCAGGGAAGCUGGAGAAUGUUAGGCUGCUCAAGGAGAGUGGUGCGCAUCUGCACGCCGAGGAGAGCGAGAUGGCCACCAUGCUGAAGAAGCGCGCGGCCGCGGCUGGCGAGGAGGUCAAGAGGACGUGUUGGGAUCUUGCGGGGGCGUGAUAGGAAGGUUAUGGCUGUGAAGAUACCCGGGAAAGAGGUGUUUGGGCGUCGUGGUGGUAGCGGGAAGGGAAGUUUGUUCUUUUGCUGGUCUGGGG